UGGUUUUCUGUAAAAAUGCCAUUAAGUUGGGAACAAUUUUAUGCUGAAAACCCUCCACCCUCUGAUCUCGAUCAGAAAAGGCACUAUGUUCAAGAUUUCUGCCAGAAGCACUUGAACAAUGGAUCACGCAUUGUUCUUAUAACUUCAGGAGGAACAACAGUUCCCCUGGAACAUCAUACAGUACGAUUUGUUGACAACUUCAGCGCAGGAACAAGAGGAUCGGCCUCAGCUGAAUAUUUUCUUGAAAUCGGAUAUGCUGUUAUAUUCUUGUACAGGUUGAAAUCUAUUGAGCCAUAUCUCCGACAUGUUAUGGGCUCAAGAUUUUUGGACAUGCUUGAAAUUGAUAAAUCAGCGGAUAAUACAUCAAUCUCAGUGAAACCAUCAGAGGUGCACAACAUUUUGCCAGUUUUGACAAAGUACAAUGCAGCCAAAGAAUCGCAGAAGUUUCUUCAAGUAGGGUUCACAACUUUAUCAGAUUACCUUUGGCUGCUGAAGACCAUAUGUGAAACCCUUCCAAGUUUUGGGGCACGUGCUAUGAUAUAUUUGGCUGCGGCCGUGUCAGACUUCUAUGUGCCCGCCACACAGAUGCCAACUCAUAAGAUGCAAUCACAAGAUGGUGCUCCCACAAUUCAGUUAGAUCUGGUUCCCAAAAUUCUUCAACCUUUAGUGAGCUCAUGGGUUCCCAAUGCAUAUGUUAUUUCAUUCAAACUGGAAACAGAUGAGAAUAUUCUGAUAAAAAAGGCCAGGGGUGCCCUACUUAAAUAUAAACAUAAGAUUGUCCUUGCAAACUUAAUGGACACUCGCAGAUCUCGGGUUGUGGCAGUAACACCAGAGGAUGAAACUGAAAUUAUUCUUACCGAAGAACAAAAACAAAAGGGACUGGAACUUGAAAAAUUCAUAGUUGAUUACCUAAGCGAAGAACAUUCAAAGUUCAUAAUGGAAAGCACUGCUCAGUAGCCUGUUAUUGUACAUUGAUUGUACUAGUGGUUUUAGUGAGUUACAUAUAGUUGUUUUCUUUUUUUUUUUAAAUUUGCAAAUAUAUUUUUUAAAGAACUUAAAAA